UCCUGACGUCAGCCUGGCCCCGCCCUAGCUGCAUCCCUAACGUAGCCCCGCCUCUCGAAAAUGAUAUAAAGUUAGCGGUAAGUCGACGAACCACACAGAACCAGUGUAGCAGACCGUCCAGGCUACCACCGCUCAAUUUUAGUAGUGUUACCGACUUCACCACAUCUGAACAGAUCUCUAUAAAGGGCCAAGGCGAAAAUUAGCUGAUCAUCAACAUGGGAGCUGCAAUGUCCCUCUCUUACGUGUCAGCAAGCCAGGCAACCUUCUUACCGAGGAUGACACAAAAGAAGAAGAAGAAAGCCUUGGUUGUGUUUGACUUUGACAACACCAUCAUUGAUGAGGAUGGCGACGAUUGGAUCCUGAAGCUUGCCCCAGGACGAGAGGCACCCGAUUGGCUGCGACAGACGUACCGCGAAGGCUUCUUGACAGAGUACAUGGAAAGAAUUUUUCAAUAUCUCCAUGACAACGGAACUACGCCCGACGAAAUCCUCGACUCCUUAAAGAAAAUUCUUUACACUUAUAAGAGGCAAGAUGUCUUAAAGUUCAUUGCUAGUAACAGUAACAAGUUUGACUGUAUCGUCAUUUCAGACUCCAACACGGUGUUUAUAGAGGCCGUUCUAAAGGGAGGUGGGGUGAAACAUGCUGUCAAUAACGUGUUCACAAACCCGGCACACUUUGACGAAUCAAACUGCCUGCACAUAGAGCCGUUUCACAACCAUGCUUGUAAGUCUUGCCCGGUAAACAUGUGUAAGAAGACUAUACUGAUAGAGUAUAUAGGAACACAAGCACAGGACGGUGUUGUGUAUGACAAGGUUGUGUAUGUGGGGGAUGGGGUUAACGAUCUAUGCCCAUGUAAGGGGUUGUCAGGAUCGGAUAUUGCCAUGCCCAGGAGGGGAUUCAGGCUGAUAGAGAAGUUGGCAAAAAUGUCACUGAGAGCCAAACUUAUACCUUGGGAAAGUGGAUCAGAAGUGUUAGCUGUUCUAGCUAAAAGAUUGUAUUUAGAUAUUCUCCUCUUCGGGUGAAAAUGGAACUUAGCCUUAUCCAAUCCUAGUAGUGGUCACCAAGAGUUAACGCUUGCGCCUAGACCCCACGGUGAGAGAGCCAAAUAAAAGCAAAGCUUUUUAAAAGCCUUUCUAUUUUAAUAUUAAGUACCCUACUUAUAGUUGAAUCAGUUGCAAAACAAUGACCUUUUUCCAUAUCGUUAUUUUGUACCCCCACGAGGUAGUGAAAGCAUCACCAGAUAGCUGUUUUGAAGCCAAUCCAUUAACUUGAAGGCUUUGAUCAUUAUCUUAUUAGUAAGUUUAUCUAUUUGCAGAUUGCCGGCAGUAAACUUCAUUGCAAACGCGUUUGAUAACAGUUGGUAUGUACAGAAAAGGAUGGCAUUUGAGGGUACGUUUUCAUGAUUGGAAGGAUAAUUCUUGAGAAAAUAGCGUUUAAUUAGCGUACACAUACCCGUACUACGCAGUCAUAGAGUUUAGACUAUCACCUUAUUCCUGAAGAUUAGACAUGUAUCAUUGUAUAAAUUUCUUUGUAUUGUUGCCAUACAUUGUACAGUGUAUCACUUCUGUCAUGCAAUAAAGUUCACUUCAUUUAUCCAUUGAUUGGCAUUGAUUCAAGAUCUA